CUAGGAUAUUAGUUUGUUACAAAUCAUCUAUCUUCUUGUUUGCUUAGAUUAGGAAGGUUUGUGUAUUCUUGGUGUUAUAAGUCUCUAGUUCUCUGUGGAUUCGAUCCUAAAAUGCUACAAUGACAUACCAUUCGAUUGUGGUAUUGUUGGCACAUUAGGUUAAUUGGUGUGUGCUUAAACGCGUAAUCAAUUUGGCGCCGUUGCCGGGGAACUAGUGGAUUUAUCAUUAGGAUUUCAAUCUUUCUUGAGACUAAGCUUUAUUUUCUUAUGUUUUGUUUUGCUUUUGUAUAGCUACUAAUCUUUUAUUCUAGAUUUUCUCUUUUGUAGUGAUGGCUUCAAGCUACUUUGAGAAGCCACAAGAAGAGGAUGACACAUUUGAAGAUCACAUUGAAGAUGAGCCCUAUGUGUUUGUGGAGCCACCACCCUUUGAUAUACGCAUACUCACACCAGACCAAAGGGAUGAGUUGCAUCGGCUUCAGAGAAUGAAAGAGAAUCGGGACAAGACAAAGAGAAACCUAGCACAACUUAUCCGGAUACACCUCAUUAGGGACCGAGCAGAGUUUGAAGAAAGGGAGGUUACCCAGUAUGAGUUAGAUGCUGCUUGUGCCCUUAAUGAGGUAAUGUAUUGGGCUCCACCACUCCAACUGGAAGGUAUAGAAAUUUCCACUUUAAAACUUCAACUCGAGGAAAUAUGCUUGCCUUGUGGUGAGAAUAAUAUCUCUGGUCUUAAUUCUCUUGUGCUCAUGAAUGAAUGUCUUGAUCUGAUAUGUGAAACUAAGAAACUAGAUGAGUUGAGAAUAGAAAAGCUUGUUAGAGAUCAUAUUGAAGUUUGUUUUGACAAGAGCUAUCUAUGUGCUUCAUUUGAUCUUGAAUCUGAGUUUUUCAUUCUUGAUGAACCUAGACCUCUUCUUGAACUUCCUGAUUUAGGGGAUGAACUUGAUGUGGAUAAGCUCUUGCUUGAGAUAGAAAACCCCCAUGCUGAAAACUAUCAUGAGAAUGUGAACAUUGUGUAUUAUUUGAUUGAUGGAGAUAGAGUUGACUACUUUGUUAAAACCUCAUUUGAACAUGUAGUUGAUUUUGUGUUUCCACCUAAUGCUUUUGAUUCUCAUGAUCAUCUGAACCUCAAGGAGCAUUUCAUAACUCAUGUCAUAUCUUUAGUGAAGCUCUUUGAGGAAAAAUCUGUCUAUUUUCUAUGGACAGUAGUGUGCUCCUUUGCAUACUUGGUUCCUUGUUCUUGGAGGAGAAGGACCAAAGGUGCAUUGGCUCAGCCUUUUGAUACUUAUGAUUAGCAAGCACACAAAGUCAAGCUAGAGACUUAAAACAAGCUCACUUGGGAGGAAAUCUCAAGAGUAUCCUUUGUAUAUAUGUGUGAAUGUUUUUAAUAAAUUGUGUGAACUAUCCUUGUUUGUGUGUUUGUUUGUGUGAAUUGUGUGUGAUUUCAGUUUGGAAGGUGCUCAGGAAAAGGAAAGGAUUCAAAAGAGGCUAGGAAAGAAACACAAGUGCUGUGGAGACAUGCUCAUAGCGACAUAUCCAUAGUGACAUGCUCAAGUCGCUACAGUCACAAGGUGUUGGAGAGCACCAUGGAUGAGUUAGAGGACCAUUGGUGGGAUUUUCAGAGGCAUUUGGAGCUCAAAAAGGAGUGUUUAGAGUGGUCAUUGGGCGAGCAAGGCAUGGGAGCGACCAGUCCGGAGCGACACCACCAAGUCGCUCUGAUCACCCUACUGGAGCGACCUUACUAGAGCGACAGGGAAGAGUCGCUCGCGUAUUGAUCACCCGGAGACAACGAAUCCGGAGCGACCUCUCACAGCGACACAGCGAGGUCGCUCCCGAAUCCGGAGAGUGAAAGAUGAACACGGAUGAAAGCCUUAAAAAUCUCUUCUGAAGCUCAAAAUUUGUGGAGACACUGGAAAUUGAGUUAGCUUUCCAAUGGAAGUGGUUUCAAGUCAUUUGAAGCUGUAUUGGACAAGUUAUGAUCGAUUUACUAUAGGUGUAUCAAUCCUUGCCGGGGACCACUUGAAAGUUGAUGGGAUCAACCAACUUCCCACUAUCUUCCACCCACCUUUCCUUUGCACGAUUUUUCCUACUUUUCUGUAUAAUAUUUGCUUUCUUAUUAUCAAAAGAGUGGGCAAGAAACAUAGAAUCUAACUUUGUAAUAAUUUAACUUGUCAAAACUCUCUCUCUUUGAAAUACCAUUGUUCUUGGUGUUCUUGAGUGUUCUUCAUUGUUCA